UCAAAAAUGGAUUUGUCUCUAAUAAAAAUUAUUGAAACUUUAAAUGUUGACGCCGUUCAGGAUUCAAUUACUUCAUUAAAAGAUAAAGGAACAGAUUUGGAACGUAUAAAAUCAUCAAUUGAACGUGUUUUGCGUACUAAAGCUUUGGAAUUUGGACGUUCAGAUAUUCCUGUUGCAGAUGUUGAAGCUUUUGUAAAAUUUGUUAUUGGAUUGGCAGAAAAGGAUAUCGGAGUUUCUAAAGAAAAUGAUAAAGACAAUAAAAUUUGCACAAAAACGUUAACAAUUCAAAUACUUCAAGACAUUUUUGAUGUUUCUACAACUCAACGAUGUGAACAACUUUUUGGAAUUAUUGAAAAUAAUAUUCAUAUUUGGAAAACGCCAUUCUUCUUUUCUUCAUGCAAAAAUAUGAUUUUACGUCUAUGCAAUGAUUUACUUAAACGACUUUCUCGUUUUAUUGAUACAACAUUUUGUGGACGUAUUUUAAUACUUUUGGCUAAAUCUUUACCUUUAAAUGAAAAAUCUGGAUUAAAUUUGCCUGGACAUUUUAAUACACAAAAUGUUACUGUUUUUGAUAGAGAAAAGAAAGAUCAACAUCCACAACACGAAGAAAACGAACAACGUAUGGAAGAAGGACCAGAAGAGCCUCCACAACUUCCAUCAGUUUCUUCAACUGCUGGAGGAGUAGAUGAUGAUAUAGAAGUUGGGGAAAUUAGAGAUCAUCGAGAUUCAUUUGGAGGAACAAUUCCAAUGGAUUAUAAUUUGUAUUUCAAUUUUUGGGAUUUGCAAAGAUUUUUUUCUAAUCCAAAUUUGUUGUUUGAAAAUGAUAAUUUUACAAAAUUGGAAAAUGAAUGUUCUGGUGAUGUUGGUUCUCCCCAACAUGGAAAAGUUUAUAAUGAUUUCAACAACAAACAUGAGAAUUCAAUGGAAAUAGAUUAUGAUUGUGAUAAUAAAAAUGAUAUUAAAAUGAUUAAUUUGGACGACAAAAAUUCUGAAAAUUCCUUCAAAAAUAAUUCAAAUAUUGGGCAACGUUUAAAUGUUGAUUUAUCUGAACGGACAUUUUGUGCUAAAUAUUUGACUAGUGAAAAGUUAUUUCCUUUUCAAAUGUCCGAUUCACAAUUUCGACGUUAUUUUCUUCUUCAAUUUUUAAUUAUUAGCAAUUAUUUGGCUUCUAGAACGAGACCAAAAGAGUUUGGAAUUUUAGCGCUAGAAUUGAAUUCAACUCAAGAAGAAACAUUACAAGGUUUAAUGGAUAAAUGUUAUAAUCUGUUGAGGGAGACUUAUCCAAAUGGAUCUCGUUUUGCUUCUUCUGUUAAGAAAUUAUUACUUCGAGAAAAGCAAUGGUGUUCUUGGAAAGCUGAUGGUUUUCCUGAUUUGUUUAAUAAUACCAACAUACAAUCCUCCUCUUCAAGUGAUGAUAUUAAAUUUGAAAGAAAACAAAUUUCUACGCGUUAUGUCGCUAAUUCUAUUGAUCUUGGAAAUUCUGAAUUAACACGUUUAUGGACAAUAGAAAAGGAUAAUUUAACGGCUUGCAAAAAUGUUAAACGUAAUUGUAUUCCAAAUUUGAAAGGUUUUUUGGAAGAAGCAUUGGAUGAAUUGGAUCCAGAACAACAAGUAGAAGAAAAAUAUCAGUCUGUAAAUGAUGAACAUUAUCAAUGGAUGGCUAGUAGAUUUUUAUUAAUGAAUAGUGAUCAACAUAUAAAUCAUGCUUCACAAGACGCCAAUAUGAAAAUGUUUGAAAAACCUUCAGAAAAGGAUGCUAUAGCUGUUUUUCUAAGAAGAUCUAUACAAGUAGCUGCAGAAAAUGUUCCGGAAUUAAAAUCAAGAGCUCAACAAAUUCAAGCAUCAAUAGAAAAAAUUAAAAAACAAGAAAAUGACCGAUUGGAAGAACAAGCUAGAGCUGCAAAAGAAUUGGAGAUAGCUAAAGCAAAAGAAUUGGAAUUGGCAAAAGUAAGGGAAAUGGAAUUGAGAUUGAAAGAAGAAAAAAUUAAAAUACAAGAGAAGGAACAACAACGAGCUUUGCAAGAAGAUUUGUCAACUCGAAGUAUUUCAAAAUCUAAUAAUAAUAAUAGUAAGGAGGGGGAACGAAGAGGAGGAGGAGGAAAAGAUAAAACAACAACAACAACAACAAAAAAUGAAUUGGAACAACAAAGACGAGGAAGAGAAGAAGAAAGAAGAAGGAAAAGAAGAGGUGGAGGAGGAAAUGAAGUAAGCAGUGGAGGAAGAGGAAGUGAAGGUGGUGGAAGAGGAGGAAAAGAAGAUGAAGCAAAGAAAAGAAGGAGUGAAGAAAAACGAAGAAGCAACAUUGAAUCAAGUAAAUUAUAA